UCCGUUAUCAUUUCUGGUUUGAAGGGCAACGCUGCUUCCAGAAAAAUGUGACAAGAGUGAAAAUCAAUAUCUUGAUAAUAAUUUAUACGAUAUUGAACUGAAGAAUUCACACAUAAGUGAAUCUUAAAAUCGACUAAAGUUUGUCAUAUAACUGAUAAAAUGGGUACUUGGGAAUUUUUCGCUAGCCUGUUCAAGUCUUACUACUCAACUUUCGUCGCUCUUACAGCUCACAGCAUCUUCCUAAUCAGUUGCCUCUCCUAUGCAUGGCCGUCACCAGUUCUUCCCAAACUACUCAACGCCACAGACAGCCCCUUGGGGAACCCCAUCACUCCCGAUGAGAGCGACCUCAUAGGCGCCAUCUUUUACAUCGGAGCUUCCAUAGGGCCACUUUGCUUCAUCUCCGUGGUGAACAGAUUCGGAAGAAGAAGAGUCCUCACGUUCCUCUCUCUGAUUCCACCCAUAGCAUACGGUACCUUGGCUUUCGCCAAGACAGUCGACUUAUACAUCAUUUGCAGGACGCUUUUGGGCCUUUACGUGGGCGCUGUUUUCAGCAUUCAACCCGUUUACCUGGCCGAAGUACUGGCCGAGGAGGAAAGGAACUUCUUGAUGUCUUUCGUUACCCUGUUCAGUUUCAUCGGAGUGUUUGCAGCUGUCACAAUUGGUCCUUUUAUACCAGUCACUCAUUUCAACGGUUUGAUAGCUAUUUUAUCGGCUGUUGUUUUCGUUUUGGUUGCUUUUGGUUUCCCAGAAAGUCCAUACUAUGUGAUGCAGACUGAGGGGAAGGGAAAGGCCAAGGUUUUAUUGAGGAAAUUGAGGCAAGGAAGAAUCGAAAAUGAAGCUGGGAUGAUCGAGGAUAGAAUCCUAGAGGAAUCUGAGAAAUCUUGCUGUCAAAUUUUCGCCAAUAAAAGCAAUUUCAAAGCUUUGAUAUUGGCAACCAUACCGUUACUUCUACAGUCUUCCAGUGGCGUUGCACUCUUGAUAAAUUACAGCCAGUUGAUCUUUAUGGAGACCAACAUUUCUAUACCAUCUCAUUAUUGUUCGAUUAUAGUUGUUGGUCUGACGUUUUCAACUGCUUUCCUAGCCCCAGUCCUCUUGAAAGCCAGAAGAAUGAGUCCAGUAUCUCUAUUGAUGCUAUGUUUAGCUGGUGUUGGUCUUUGUGAUCUCAUAAUGGGCCUAUACUUCCUUUACGGUAGAGGGAUUAGUUUCAUCAGUUGGCUUCCUCUGCUCAACCUUAUAGCUUUCGUUCUGAUCUAUAACUGUGGAUUAGAUCCAAUUCCUUGGAUGAUACUAGGUAACACUUAUCCAGUCAACAUCAGUGCUGUAGGUACAGCUAUAUCUAUUAGUAUUUUCGAGUUUUCGAUAUUUCCAACAAUGAUCCUGUUCCACAAGGUUGACAUCAGCUUUUUAUUUUUGAUCUCGUCAGUGUGGUGUGUAUUGGGUAUUGUGUACUGCAAGUUUGUGGUUGCGCCCUCUGAAGAUAAGAUUUUUAAGACAUCGAAAAACGGUGCUAUAUGAUUAUAACGAUUAAAAAUUGCUGUAAUUAGAGCAUUUUACUUUGCUAUUAUUGUAAGAUUGUAAGGAUAUGAGUCAAUAAAAAUUUGAAAACUUA